CUGUACUAGAUGUGGUUGUACAAAGAGCUAUGUAGUUGGCUCUACCUGCUCAGCUGUCCUCGCGUCACCAAAGUUCAGGCUGUCCCAACAGAAAAAAUAGAAAUUUGGAAGUUAGCGCUCAGCUUUAAUCCGUAGUCGCUCCUCCUCAAUUACGAAUUGGCAUAGGUAGCCGGGUCCCACAACCGCGAUCGAACUUGAAAAAUCUGCCCGAUCUGGUUGUAUAAGUUUUUGUUGAUCUUCUAUCUUCAUCUCCAUUACAGCAGCCUUUGCCAUACUCACCACGAACACUUAUCAUUUUUUCGUAGUACAACUCAGCAACACCAUCACCAAGCACUGUAGAAAUAAUACGCCAUCUCAAAAACGAAACCGAAACGCGGUUUCCAGUCCUCAGUGUUUCGUCUAUUUUUACCCGACGCGAGUAAUGAAGUAACAGUAAGUAGAAGUACCCUGCCAGUGAUACCAGCAAGUACAACAAGUAGUUUUACAAUCUCAAUCAAACGACCCACCAAGAUGUUGGCAAGCAAGAUGGUCGAACGGGUCCGUGCAUCGCGCCGGUGUGAAAGUUUCUUGCCUUUUCUCCAAUAAACCGAGGAGUGGGGGCUUACAUUAUUAGCAGUCGUUUUUGUCCGCCGGAGGGACCGCGCAGCGACCGCGAACGAGGAAAAGAACGACUUUCUCCAGCUCUUUCUAGAACAAUAAAUACCCACGACGGCCCCCCCGCGGCAACGACGAACGACAAAUGGGACGCGAUCUGGAUAAAUCCCUAGAGGAGUUGAUCGACUCAGGCUCAAAAAAGAAUGUCACCCUCCGCCCUAACCACAGCCAGACCGGAAGUAACACUGCCUACCCGCCCCCGCAGAACAAUAACAGCUAUCAUGGAAACAACAACUACAGCAACAAGAACUAUGGCGGCAAGAAUGGGGGCGGUGUUGGAGGGUGGAACGGGGGCAGCGGGAAGAGCAAUUGGAGUAACAACAGCGACCAUUACGACCUGGCCUACGGGCAACCGCCAAACGCUGGCCCGCCACUGAUGCAGCACCACCCGCCAGGAGCAGGCGGGGGAGCACCAUGGCAACACGGCGGCCACCACCAGCCACCCCCUGCGUACUACCCACCGCAGGGCGGUCCGGGUGGGCCACCGCCCAUGCAGGGCGGCGGGAAAGGUACUGGAAGAUCUAAUAGUCGUGUUAUGAAUAUGAUUAGAUUUUUGUUUGAAAAAUAUGUACCAAAGCUUCGUCUACUUCUUCAUCUUCUACCGAGAACGCCGUGGAGCUGUGUAGGAUAUUAGGCAUCACUGAAUCAGAAUGACCAUGACGAUAGACUAUCAAGAAAGGCUUUCAACAAAAAUCUGAGAAGCGACAUUGAACGACAUCAACGAUAAUUGAAUUUUCUAAACGUAAACCAAAAUAGGCAACGGCUGGAGUGGUCCACCUGUCGGCGGCGUUGCUAAGCCGUUCGAUAAGCGAAACCAAGCCGGUCCGUGGGGAAACGUAAAAGGAGGCAUGAAAGACGCCGGUGGAAUGAAAGGCCGCAAGUGGGGCGGGCACUCGCAACCGCUUGACGAAAAGGCUGCUAGGAUGACCAAGAUACAAUUCAACAAAUCCGGCGACCUCUGUGUGAAAUUGUACUACUUUAUCAUCAGCUACUUCUGCAGUUCGUUUCUUUUUUUUUUCUCAACAAGUGAAGCUCUUGGUCACGCACCUUGCGGAAGCGGAGUGGGGAGGUCUCCCGCCUCCACGCCGGAACCAGUAUGUUGAUAUUUAGUAAUGGCGUUUCCUAGUAAUCGAAUCCAUUUACAUUUUCGCAGGUAUUGCUAUUCCCGUUUCCCACCAAAACUACUAAAUCUCUGCAGGUAUGAAACCGAUGUGUGUAUUUUUCGCAAGAACCUUGCCACGUCCAAGUGUGCCAGCGUGGAGAUUAACAGUGGCGGCUUCCACACGCCGGAAACGAAGGCCAUCAUUCGCGAGUGCCUCCAUGCCGUCGACCUGAAGAUCCGGCACACGAAGAGGAGAUCCGUGGUUCUGAAAGAGAAUCCGAACAACAGCAAAACACCAAAGAAUGACGCCAAUUUAUCCCCGACGACCGAAGAGGACGACAAAACGCAGAAUGAAAGUGGCGAGAACAACGAGAUGAAUACAGCGAAAACUUCUUCGCUAGUGAUCGAUGGAAACGCCAGCGUCGACGCCGAAGGAGCGGCUGCUCCGGUGGUGAAGAAGCGACCACGGCUAUCCUGUGUAAAAACGUCCCCACACCAGAAUUGUAAUGCAGAUUUGCAAACAAGACAGGAAGACUUGUAACGCGCAUCCCCAUGAGAGCCAUUUCCAAUCGCGUUUUGGAAUUUGUGAUGCUGUGAACAGGAUGAGGAGAUGAAUCUGUGACGCGGCUGCACUUCCUAACCUGCACUACACUGCGGAGUGCAACUUGUCAUGCGUGACUCACAAAACUCCUAGGUUUGUGUUGCAAAAUCCCCUUCCUGACUCUGGUGUGGGUACGUUUUUACUCAGGAUAGCGGCCCGUCGCGGGGCCAGACGAUUUGGACUUCGCCGAGGAGGACGACGAUAUACUGGCCGAAUCCGACGAACACGAGGAAGAAAAUCAAAAUGCAGCUGCAGAAAUAAAUGCCGCCGACCCCGAGCACCAGGAAGGAGAUGCUGAAAACGAAGAAAACAAAGAAGCCGGAGACGACGAGGAGCAGGCGGCGGCAGAGCCAAAUCCCAACGAGGCUUCCGGCAAGGAAAAGGAGGGUGAGGCGCCAGCGAUGAGUGGGGAAGAUAAGGAAUCCAGGAGAAAUUUCUUGGUGGAGCGGCUUGCGAUGCUGAAGAAGAAAAAAGCGGAGCAGAAUCAAAAACAAAAAGCUGCUACGCUGGUAUAUUCUUUUUGAAGUUAGAGGCCUUGUUCUGUUCUCAAAAAAUAGUUUGCUGUUGGUGCAACUGAUUCAAACUCUUUGUAGCAGUCACGCACAGGUCAUGCGAGGAUAUGCAUUAUGCAGGUGUCACGCGAGGUCGCAGAUUUUUUCCGUAUGCGAUUAUGGACGAAGAUCAUGAAGAACGUAUACAAAAACCAAUGCACCAGAAUUACAAAACACGCAGGCACAUGAUGUUAAAGUUGAAAUGAACUGUGACUCAGAUAAAAUCCGGACAAGUGGUUGCCAGCAGUUCUGUUGCGAAGAAGAAAGGGCCCCCGUGUCCGUGGACCGUUUACGGGAGAAACGUAUCCUGUGCAAAAGUAUCGUACUCGUAGUAAUCGCAGUCAUGGUGCACUACAAAUCUUUUUCUUAAGGCAAAUCCGCAUUACAAAUUCCAUUUCUAAUGCUAAGGAGAUUUGUAUUGCGAUUUAUAGUAUAAAUCGCAAUACAAAUGUAGGCAAGGGAGUGAAACUUCGAAGGGAGUCAAGGGAGCCAAGGGAGGAAGAUAAAAUUUGUACAAAUUGUCUCCCCUUAAAUCAUCGCCAAAAUGCUGCAUGCUAUGGGCGCGCUUACCGGUCGCCGGCUUGCGCCCUGCUGCCCCCCCCCCCCGCUGCGGCCCCAGGUUUGUCCGCGCUUAGGCAUUGGCUCGCUGCCGAAGGCCCUGGUCUCUUGAAGAAGGUGAGGGCUUCUAGAGUCGCCCCCGUCAUCAACAGGAGUCGCCGGGGUGGCCUGGCCUCUGCCUGGCAACAAAGAGCGUGGAGCCGAAGGAACGCGUAAACUGCUGCCGUGACCAUGUCGAGUUUCCGUCGUCCGGGGGAAGUCGCGGCAGCCACUUAAGCAAUUUGCUUGUCGAGAUCUUUCAGGCGAGGUUCUGCGUGACCAGAUUCAACGUCAUGCGUUGCCGAGCAGGGAAUACGAAGUGGAAAUGUUGAAGCGGCCACUUCGACUUUCUCCAAUCGGGAAAGAGUUGCAGUGGCCGUCGGAACGCGCAGCAAGUUUGAAGCUCACACGCGUAGCAUAUGCAGCCUGCUUCGCGCUGAUGCUACUUCGCAACAUUCCCACACGCGGGCGCAUGUCUUACAUGUUGCACGCGCCUCGCUGCGCGCGCGCAGCGCGCGGCCUGAAAAAUUUUUGUUGUGUGCGCACAGGCGUCGAUCCGCGCGCGCGCAGCGCGCGCCGCGAAAAAUUUUUGCUAUAUGCCGAUCGCAUUGGCGCGCACGACUGCUUUGUUUUUUAUCGUACUCCCUUGGCUCCCUUGGAAAGUUGCGCUGUACUCCCUUGGCUGGCGCCAGACACUAAUAAACCUAUUAUACUAGUGCGAUACUUUUGCAAUGCAUAAAACGCCGCGGGCGAACAUUUCGAAAUCGAGUGCUACGACGGAAUCGUACUGCAAACUGUUGCUGUGCUUUUCCUAUUUGCCCCAGUUCCUUGACAAAAGUAAAAAAGUAGAGCAGUAUUGGAUUCUUCCAGCUACAGUUUCCAGCGCAUAUCCAUAUCCGUUUCGAAGUCUUGCUGCAGCAAAUAACAUAUAACAAGUUCUAUGAUGCAUACUUUACUUACUACAGGUCAUCUCACUCCCCAACGCUCUGACGGUGCUUGGAAAGCUGAAAGGCAAACUGAUGGACCGCAUGCGGUUCUUACGCAACGAACAACCGCUCUAUCCGCAGCGCGGCAUGCACCACGGCGGUCCACCAGGAGCACCAGGUGCCCCCCCGCACGGCGGACCACCUCCACCAGGGAUGCAUCACAUGCACCCGCAGCAACCCGCACCUCCGGGUGCUGGGGUUCAACCGAGCAACCUCCCACCCGGAGUGCAGCCAGGACAGGUGAUCUACCAAAUUCCCCACGGCGCGGCUCCGCCACCGAAUCUGCCACCGGGAUCCGUCGUUCAGUACUUACCACCGGGACAAGUAGUACACGCACCGGGAGGACCGGCGCAAGCACAGUAUCUACUAAUGAUUUUAUUCUAUCAGUACAACUCUAGCGCCGCGAGCGCCAUCACUACAGGAUGAAGCGAGCAGGAGCUCUGGACUACUUUUUUUAUUUUUCAUCACUCGGCAUAUGCUUACGAUUACUAUAGCCUUCGGUUGGAAAUCUUGUUCAGAAGGCGUGUGAUAUAACUAGCGGCACCUCGAGGAGGUGCGAUCGAGGAGUUGUCCUAAGGCUAGAAUAAAGUCGCGGAGGAUCAUGGCAAUACGUCAUGGCAAUCAAAUUUAUUGUGUUUAUCAUUUUUUCAUUACCGAAUUUUAUGUGGUCCAAUUCCCAUGAUGAUAUAACUGAUAUAACGGAAAUUAAAAAUUUUCGCCCAUGGGAGGGCACCGCGCGAGGCCCAUCGUUGCCGUGGUCUGUCUGCCCGGGGAUUCGUCGGCAUAGCGUAAACCCCUCGGCCGUUCUGCGCAAUGCCUCCGCAGCGGCUGGUCGACUCAGCGUCAUGAAAUUCGCGAGAGAUGGCACGGCCAAAGACCUGCCCGCGGUUCUCUCUGAAGCCUUUCGGCUUGACCGCGCCGGUGCGGCGGCGCUCUGUAACUGCAACCAAGGGCGCUGCGUAAUUUUCGAAGCGCCCGCCGAGCGACGUUGUAGAAGUAGCAGCCCCGGCUUGGCGAUAUCGGUCGUGAACGCCGGCGGCCUCACCGGCUGGGAAAGCCGGCGCCUCCCCGCGGGCCCCGCUACGAUCUCGUAUUGGGACGACGCGAGAACGGUCGAUAUCAAAGCGAUCGAUGUCGCAUGAUCUCCACCUGAUCUCCCCCGCGAUCUCGUUGAUUUCGUGCCCAAUGUCGCUGAUCUCGCGGACGGAAAUUCAUGAUCUCCCGCCUGAUCUCCCCCGCGAUCUCGCUGAUCUCGUGCCCGAUCUCGUUGAUCUCGCGGGCGGAAAUUCAUUCUACAGCGAAAAUGGGAAGGAAUUUUCGACCUGCGGGCGCUGGCCAGUAAGAUCAAUUUUGGCCGUGAGUUAUAUCGCAGCGAGAUCGGCGGGAGGGGGUGCGAGAUCGGCCGGAGAUCGCCGCGAGAUCGGCCGGUGAUCGGCACGAGAUCAGCGAGAUCGGGAGUCCGCUUUCGUGGAUCUCGCUAUGGUGCCGGGACGAGGUUGGGGGCUCUUGCUCGUAAGAUCAGGAGCCCCCGAUCCUGCCAGCUUAUUUAUCUGUGCCCGCGCUCUGAGUGAGCGCGGGUUCGAAGCUGGGUCACGACUUCGGGCUUCGGGGGCACCAUGACCGAGAGCGCCGAGUGUUGUUCCGAUUGGUUGCGGCUGCGUGAGAAGUUUUGUGAGCUUCUGGCGCGGGUGUGGCACUGUGUGGCGCUGCUGGGGGCCCGGCCCCUGUGAAUUUGCGUGCGCACCUGUGACCAACAGAAAGUGGUCGAGCGUCGCACUUGUACCACUGCGACGGACGCAUCCACUUCGGCGCACUAUGUCAAGGCGCGAGGAAAGCAGCGCUAGAACCUGCCUACGCGCUUGGUCACAUUUGCGCGAACCCGGGGCGCGAAAUUUUUAAAAUCGGUUACAUGCGUAAGAUCAUCUUGGGAACUUGGACCACUUGACGAAUUAUCCGAAACUAAACAAACAGGAUCGUCCACGUUCUACCAGCGGGAAGUCCUUCGGGCCACCACGCGCAAAAUCAUGCUGGCAGCAAUUCAGACAAUGAGGAUCUGAAAUGGGGCCGCGCAGCGCAAGGCGGCACGAGCGGCGGUGGCGCCAUCCGGCUGGUUUCCGCAGCCGAGAAGCAGCAACGAGACAACCGCCCACAGUAUAACCAAGUGCAGCAGGUAGUUUCAAGUUCCAGUCACGGCGGCGUCACACUUGUGUCUAGUAGCGGGUCCCGCGGGCCGCCGACAAUAGGCGCCACCGGGGAGACGCCGCAGUUUCGCAUCGUGAAAACUGCCAACGGCGUGAUCACGGAGCCAAUUCUUCCUGGAGAAGCAGAUUACCAAAACGCUUCCAACAAGCGGCCACGCGCGCCCUCAUCCGGUCACCUCCAGGCAGGUGGUGUAGUGCUGCAGCAGUCACCCGCGCGGCGAAGGGAACGGGAAGAGCGCGAAGAGCGCGAAAUUCGAGAGCGGGACCGAGAACGGGCUCGCGCGGAGAAGAAAAAGAAAAAAAACCACACGGACGAGGAACCCUCCAGGAAAACGAAGGAAAGGCGGAAAGACAAGGACCGCACUGCGACGUCUGCUGGACCACCGCCCACCAUCGUCGCCGCAGCUGCUGCGCCCGGCACCGUCUGGAUGCCGGCUGCGGAUCCAAACUUCGUCCCUCAGUUUCAAUAAAACGAGGUUCGCGAAGAGAUGUUGAAGUGACUCAUACUAGAAACAUUCACUCAGCAUCUUCCGCUUGUCUAGGUAAUUAGAUCUGCAGGAGCUUUAUUUUUCCCAGACAUCGACAUACGACCACGACGACGAUCGAAGAUGAUAAAGUCCACGCUUUUUGCAGCUCGCUGUGGUCAAUCCUGAACUUUUUCAAAGAUUCAACCCAACUUAAGCAUCUGACUUACUAACUUGUCUAGGGGCCACAGCUUCUUGUUGCCGGGCAACUGCCUGUUCUCGUACAUUCCUACCGACGUCGCUAGUGCUCCAGUUGAGAGGUAGUUCCCCUCGUUCUUCUUUCGUUUUUACUGCGUCUUCUUUGCUGGUGGUUCCACGACUAUUAACCGAGGGGUGCUUUGUUGACCGCUUUGCUUCACCAGCAUUUGAAAGCAAUUAUCCGGGUGGAUGUAUUGAGAGUGAGGGCCUUUCUUCAUCAAAUCCUAAAGUAAAAAAG